AUGGUGUCGCCGCCGCAGUCUACCGUCUCCGCCAACGCCAACAGCGUAACUGCAAGUCCGCAUUCGCUGUCGAGGAGUUUCGCAUGGGCCUCGGUCGUCCGUGGGGAUUUUAAUAUCAGAAGAUCGUCUUCUAUGGCUGAUUCUCCGAUCACUCCCACCCCGCCGGUCUCUGCACCGAUAGUGGUCAAUAUUACGGUCGCAGCUGAAUCUCAUUCUAAUAGUAACGGCAAUGGCGACCAGCAACAGCCGGUGGCAUGGACUGGAGCACAUGAUGGUGGAAUCGAGACCGGUUCUGUAAUCGGUGGCGAUAUUUCCUGGCCCGCGCUUUCUGAAUCAACGCGAUCGGUUUUGAGAUCGCCGUCGGAUCCUUAUGUUCGGGGUCCUGGAUUGCCUUCUACUUCUCUUCAGGUUCCUAUUAUACCGAAUCCUCCUCAACGACAAUUAAAUUCCAAUGCAAAUAAUGCAAUAAGAAGGUCGAGGGGUCGAGGCUCAAGCGGCGGUGCUUUGAAUGGUAAUGGUGGCAACGGUAAUGGUAGAGGUCAUUAUUCUGUAUUCAGGCAAUCCUAUAAUAUAUAUAACCAGCCAUUGCCGUUGAUACCGCCACAAUUUCCUUUCUACGAAGUCCCGCAGCUGAGUGUUUAUACUGCCAUCCCCGAUACUCAAAGUUUUCGACCAUAUGCAUACAUGAAUAAUAAUUACUCGUUUCCGAGGGGUAACAAUGGUCCAAGAAGAGACAGUUAUGGUUCUCGUCCUAGAUAUAAUGGUAAUAAUAAUACUCAGGGUGGUGCUAGACGUGGCCAGGGACAGGAACGUGGAGAUGUUCAAUACAUUCCUCUUAAUAUGGGAUGCAUGCCGCCCCCGCCGCCGUUGCCACAUGGUUAUCUUUCUAUGGCACCAUUGCCCUAUAUUUACAAUCCAUCGAUCGCGGAUCAAUCUUCUUAUAUUUACAAUCCACCGAUCGCUUUUGAGUCUUAUAGGCCUAUGCUGCCUAUGCCACCUAUAAAUCCGAAUCCGCCGAGCUUUCCCAAUCAUGAAUCAUUAGUGUCGAUAGCACUUCCGGAAACAAUCUCAUCUUCAAAUGCAGAUGAGAUUUCUUCGAUUGCUCCAUCGGUCAGUUCUCUUGUGUCAGAUGAAAAUUCUCUUCCGAGCAAGAUUAUAAAGCAAGUGAAUUAUUACUUCAGUGAUGAAAAUUUGAGCAAUGAUGUAUUUCUCAAGUCGCAUAUGGACAACAAUGGUUGGGUUUCUAUUGAUUUAAUAGCUACUUUCAAUUGCCUCCGGAUUUUGACUAGUGAUAUCUCAUUGAUCAUCGAAUCGUUGGGAUAUUCUACUGUGGUUGAAGUGAAGAAGGCGGAAUUGGGUACAAGAUUAGUGAGUAGUGUUGCUACUUGGAACCAAGAAAAUUUGGAGGCGAUCAUGUUUUUGUUCCUUUCUAAUCUAAUGCUUUUUAAAGUUUUUGUUCGACUUCAUAUAGAACUACCCGAUGGUGAAAGAAAUCCUGAUCAAAGUUUGAUGAUGAAACAUUCUCAAAGAGAAAGUGAUUGA